AUGAAGUUAUACCUUCAAACUUGUGAUGGUUCAAUCCAACAAGUGGAACAAGAGAUUGCAAUGUUUUGCCCUUUCAUAUGUCAAGAAAUAUUGCAAAAAGGGAUGGGAUUUUCCGAGAGCUCUGCAAUAUGUCUUCCUAAAGAGGUAAGUUCUGCAAUGUUGAACUCAAUUCUUGAAUAUUGUCAAUUUCAUCGGGUACGAGGCUGCUCAGACAAGGAAAGAAAACUGUUUGAUGAGAAAUUUGUUACGAUACCCACUGAAAGACUAUAUGAGUUGGCAUCUGCCGCGAAUAGUCUUAAGUUAAGGUCAUUGGUUGAGCUCACAUGUCGUGCAAUAGCUCGAACACUGGAAAGAAGUUCACCGGAGGAGAUAUGCGACACAUUCAAUUUGCCUAAAGAGAAAUUGGAGCCAUUUAUAAACAUAACUUGCAACCCAAGUAUUGGGCUUUUGGACCGCUUAAAGAGAAAUAAGCUUAAAGAGCGUGGAAGGGUACUAGAGAACGUCGGAGUUCAAGAAAAAGAAGAGCACGUAGUAGAUGAACGACCAAUUGACGAGCUUUUGUCGUUUAUUAAUGGAUCAAAUGAUGGAGAAACCAAGGAGAAAAAAACUGGCAAGAAUAUAAUAAAGAACAAAACAAAGAAAAAACACCAACAGAAGAAUUCUUCUUUGACAAGUUCCAAUUCUCUGAGUGCAUGAGCUAUAUAUCUACUCAAUUGAUAAGCUCAUUUUAUGUCAGUC